AUGAUCAAGAACGGUUUGCGAUUGAUCACCCCCGGAAUAAUGAGUCUGCAAGCUAUACGACGGGCAUGUAAUUUACCCACUUUAGCGAUUAAUGGAUUCGGUCGCAUAGGAAAAUGUGUGCUCCGGUUGGCUAUCCAGAAUAACGUAAACGUGGUAGCUGUGAACGAACCGCAUGCCGACGCAGCGGCGAUUGCACACUCGUUCAAAUACGACACUGUACACGGGACGUUUCCCGGAACAGUCAGUGUACGCGAUAAUUAUCUCGAUAUCAACGGCAAUAUUUUGAAAGUUUACGGAGAAGAAAACCCGGAAAAGAUCAAGUGGAAUGAAUUGCCGGUAGAUUACGUGAUAGAUUCGACGGGUAGGUUCACCGAAAUCAAUACAGCCAAGAAACACAUGGUGUCUGGAGUGAAGAAAGUAAUUAUUAGCGCUCCAAGCAAGGAUGCGCCGAUGUUCGUGAAGGGCGUCAACUUCAGCGAGUAUAAAAAGUGUAUGACGGUAGUAUCGAAUGCAUCGUGCACAACUAAUUGUGCGGCGCCAUUGUUGAGCAUAAUAAACAAAAAAUUCGGUGUGGAAAACUGUCUGUUGACCACAGUUCAUGCUAUGACAUCUACCCAGGCUGUCCUUGAUAGAACAAAACACAGGUCGGCCCCCGGAAAUAUUGUUCACAGCUCGACAGGCGCUGCGAAAGCUGUGGGAAUCGUGAUUCCUGAAUUAAAGGAAAAAGUAACUGGAGACUCAAUAAGAGUGCCUACACUGGACGUGUCUCUACUAAAACUUUACAUAAACAUUAAAACUCCAGCGAAACUAGAGGAAAUCAAGUGCAUGAUCUGGGAAACUGCGACAUUGUGUAACAAUGACGUCUUUUCCUAUAUUGAAGAUAAGACCAAACUUGUAAGCUCCGAUUUCAUUGGCCAUCAGUAUUCAACUAUAGUUGAUUUCAACCAACUAUCGGUAAUUGACAACAAAUUCGUAACAAUUGGUGCGUGGUAUGACAACGAGAUGGGCUAUUCGAAAAGACUUUUAGAUCUUUUCGAUCAUAUGGUGAAAGUGGACAAAGAUAUAGCCGAUAGAAAAUAA